AUGCCCCAUUGCUCUCGUCUUCCUCUUCUACUUUUCCUAUUUCCCAAUCUUCUACUUGUAUAUCUGAAGGAUAUAUCAAAAGACAGUGGUCCGGCUGAACGUAACCUGACACCUCGUCACUGCCAGAUUCUAGACAUCGCUUUGGAUGCAAUCAAGGCAUAUUUUCACGCUGGCGGAAGUGGGCUAAAGAAGACAUAUCUGGACAAGUCGCCAGAGCUACAGUCGCUACGCUACGCACUCAGCUUGUACACACAAACGACAGAUGCGCUUAUCAAAAACUUUGUUGCUACACAAACCUCGCAGGGUGAGUCUUAUCCGGACUGCAUCAUCACUUUCAUCUGA